AUGCGAAAACAGAAGCCAAGGAAAGGCUACUUUCCGGAGGGGUCGUACUACAGCUCAAAGCGGAUUAACCAGGAUUUCUUUAGUGAAGAUGCGCGGGCUGAGCGUUCUGGAAUUCUCACUCAAGUCGCAAUGCCUUUUCUCUACAAUUUACUCCUCGGUAAACUAGCGAGGCCAAUAAAGGAAAAACUUCCUGACGAUGAAGAUUCAAGUGAUAAUGGCUCGGUCGAUCUUUCCGCUUUUGACGACACUCCACUCAAUGAUGUGCCUGAUACUCUCCCCGAAGACAGCCCCUUGAAAGAAAAAAACCCCAAGAUCCCCCUAGAUUUGAAUGAAGACGAUGUAAUGGCAGUUGAUGCCGACAUUUUACGUCCGAGUUCGGACCCAGCAAUUAGGAAGGAAACUCAAAACCAAGAUAACGAUCUGCUCUAUGGUUGCGUUUGGAUGCAACCGGUGUGGAACUACUCUUGGGAGGAAUAG